GGCGGAAUUUUACGAUGCUCACCAUACACACGCGAUCAUCAAAACCUAUGUCUCCAUCUCUCUGUCUCUCUCUCUGGCCUUUCCGAAUUCCAAAUUCCAAACCCUAACCCUAAAUUUCCCCUGAAACUACACAAUUUGUCACAUGAAAUUGGUUGCCUCACGCCAACCCUGGAUUCCCUAUCAAAUCUUUCAUCAGAUAAAUCAAGGCUUAAUUUGAUGAUUAUAAUCAGAUUAUCAUACUCUUGUAAACUCUAGUGAUCCUCUUUCCACGUCUCUCUCGGCUUAGGAACAUAUGGAGGGCUCUGUGGUGGAGGAUCUCGGAGCCCCCGAGUCAUGGGAGGUGGCCGAUUUGGACGAAACGAUGAGCCGUUUGAUGCUUAAGGAUUCCAAAAAAGACUCCGGAAAACCCCUUCUAGAGCUCUCAGCCGAUGUUUCCGUUAAUUCGGGCUCGGCGUCCGGUUAUGGUUCUUCAGCUCCUGGUACCGGCAGUGGUGAGAAGUUGCCGGACGAUAUAAUUAAUCAGGUCGAUCAGUUCCUUCGUGAAGCCUUGCAGAACCCUCGUGAGCGGCUCUCCAUACUGAGGAUGGAGCAAGAUGUUGAAAAGUUUAUUUGUGAUCCUACACAACAGCAAUUAGAAUUUCAGCAGUUGCCCACUUCAUAUUUACGGUUGGCUGCACACCGAGUAGCACAGCAUUACUCGCUCCAAUCUAUGGUUUUGUUAGACAAUAAUUUACCUGAUGGAUCUGGUUCCAGAAUUAUUGUCCGCAAGACUUCUGAGUGUAGGUUGCCUUUGAUUCGACUUGCAGACAUCCCUGUAAACUUGCCAUCAGAAGACAGUGGUGUUGUUAAAGUUGCAAUCAAACAAAGGCCACAGAAGCGGCCACAAACUGUCAACAAUUCAAAUCCAAAUUCCAUGAGGUCAAAUAGUUCCAAAAGUGUGGAGGAAAGAAAAGAGGAGUAUAAUAGGGCACGCGCUCGAAUAUUCAAUUCUAGUGGUUUUAGCAGUGGCUCUAGUGGAAAACCAGAAGGUGAACCAAGACUGCAAGAUGGUUCCCAGCAUAGUUUAUUGGGUAUAACGAAGACUGAAGAAAAACCUAUUUCUGGAAAUUCAGAUAUAAAUUCUGGUAGAGGUUCUAUUGAAUCGUCGGCAAGUAGCAAUAGAUCAGCUAGAACUAGGACAGAGAAGGAGCCAAUUAGUAGGUACAAACCAAACAAUAGGGUGGCCAUCUUUCGAGACCGAGAAGUUGAUAGGAAAGAUCCAGACUAUGACAGGAGCUAUGAUAGGUAUAUGCAGAGAUUUGAUCCUGGAUUUGGAUUCAAUGGAGGACCUUACACCAUGCAGCCAUUAUACACCCCUGCAUUGAACUACAACACUGAAUUUCCACAGCUUGGUUCUAGCCAUAGGCCACAAAUAUCCACGGAACAUCAACCACGGCCUCUCCCUCAAAAUUUACCUGGGCCAUGGGCUGCCCCAUCAACUCCUGCGGGAAUGGGAUAUGGUCAUCCAGAAACAAUGAUGACCCCAUUCAAUCCAAAUCAUGUAGGUGCACGCUCUUCAUCCGCCAUAUAUUUACAUUCGUCUCAGUAUCCGUGUCAGCGACCAGGAAUGCCUUUCAUCCAUCCUCAUGAACAUGUUCAACCUUUUUCACAGUCUCAUCAACAGCAACCUGAUGCGAGUUUUGGUUUAGCCCGGCCCCGGUGAGGGGCUUGGGCCAUGCCUGCACCCCGCCAGCUGGGACCUGGGCUUGGAAUAUUUUAUGAGCUGAUGAUACAGCUUCAUAUGUAUAUCUCAACUUGCAGGAGGUGCAGGCACAAGGAACUGAGGUGGAUGGCAGUUGGGAAUUUGUGUUUCUGAUCCAUUCCUCCACUCUCAGUAUCAGUUGAAGCUUCUUCCACUUGUGAUGAAUGAUGAGGAAGCUCGGCUUGGCAGAUCAAUAGUGUGAAGUUUGAGAGCCCUGUUUUAACACUGAUGAAGAAGAAGAAGAUUAUGAAAAGAAUUGUUAUAGUUGGAAAUAUGUGUGCUUUCUUUGGACGAAGCACCCUAAAGAACUAAAAGGGAAAAAUGCUUGAAGGUUAUUUAUAUUCAAGCCGGUGUUGUGUAUUUAGCUUGCAGCAGCUUGGUUGUGCAGCCGAUUCCCCCUUGGAAAACCCUGUUCAAUGCUUAUUAUGCUUUACUAGAAUACUUCUAGUAGAAAUGAUGAAGUGGGUGUCAUAAUGUAUCAUAAGAAUAUAUGUCCUAGACUUUAAUUGAAUGUUCUGGACCUGUAGUCAUUAUCGACAAUCUGAUUAGUCACUUGUUAUUGACGAUGUUUUCUGAAGAUAUUGAAUUUUGAUUUUCUGCUA